AUGGCUGACUUCCGCCAGCUGGCGUUGGAGUUUGUCCUCGCCGAUGAUGAGGGGCAACAGACAACCAUCGCCAAGAACGCAGCUAAAGAAAUUCAAACCGGGGCCCCUAACUUGAACCCGGUGGCUCGGUGGGUUGAAGCUGUGCAACCCUGGAUGCCAGGGAGUGGCACCGAAGCAGAGGAUGGUGAUGAGACUCCUGACUGGACGGCCAGAGCCAAGGCUUUGGAGUUCCUUUCGCGGACUCUUGACUUUUUGAACAAGGAUGCCCUGAAACCCAGCCAAGUCAAGCUCCUGGUCAGCUUUUUUGGUGCCAUGUUUGAGGUAGAUCACAAAGCUGGUAUCUUGGCAUCUGCAAACGCUCUGUCACGCAUAGUAGCCAUGAAGUCAUUCCAAAAGCAAAGCGGAAACGACAUCAUCAAGAAGGUUUGCGCGUUGAAGGAUGACUUCCCCCGUCAGGUCUCCAAGACUCGACUUGCCAUUUACGAGCUCGUCCGAUUCUUGAUGACGACACCCGAGGUCUCCAGCGACCUGCAACACAAGCACGGAUCCUCCGCCGGGUUCAUGAUCGAUCUUCUGCACCUUUGCCGAAGCGAGAGAGACCCCGAGUGUCUGAUGGUUUGGUUUGAGAUCCUGAAAGUCUUCCUCAUCGAGUAUUCGCCAUCUAAGGAGGUAUUAGAUGAGGUCUACGGCGCCUUCAAGCUCUACUUCCCGAUUGCGUUGCCCCGCGCAUCGCAGACUGGCAUUACCCCUGAAGACCUGAAGCUUCAGCUACGAAAAUGCUUUUCAGCUACCCAUCUUCUCUCCGACCAAACUAUCCCAUUCCUUCUGGGUAAGCUGGACCAAGGAGAUGGCGUGACGGUUAAUGUCAAGGUUGACAUUCUCAAAACUAUCCGAGCAUGCUUGGACGAGUAUAGUAACCCCGAUCAAUCCGUCGCUCCGUAUGCGAGCCAAAUCUGGGGCAGUCUCAAGUACGAGGUGCGCAAUGGUGAGAUUGAGGACACUAUCUGGGGCACUCUGGAGGUGCUCAAGUCCCUCACAACACGACUCAAAGGGGAUAAUCUCCGAGAUUACACACUGUCUGUCACGCGGGAUUGCGUAACCGAUCUGGCCAACACUACUUACACGUCAUCAUCCGGCCGGCUGCUAGUCAGCGUUCUCAGUGCGAAGCCCAGUGCAUUUGUACUGAUGGUGGCCCCGGCCAUUACACAUAUCAAGGACAAUCUGCGACAUCCCAAGGCCCCGAUGCACAGUCAAGACCUUCUGAGAAUCCUCCAUGUGAUUCUGGAGACCCGCCUUCUCCUAGCAGAUACUGAAAUGUCUGCCGAGGACCGAGAAGAUUUCGCGGCGAUUGAUUCCUUCUUCAAGCCCCUUUACGAGGACGUUUAUAAAACAACCGUGGAGAGUGGUUCAAAUUCCAAUGUGGCCUAUGAUGACAUUAAGAUCGUGGCUCAAGCAGUUCAAGGUGCAGGAGCACUAGUGUGCCAGAGGCCCGCAAAGCCUCUCGAUCCCUUAGCCGAGUCUGGGAGUGCAGGAUAUGGGCGAUUACUCCCAGAGAGAACAUGCUCACAGAUUUGUGAAUCCCUCUUUGCCGUCCUCCUACAAUCUGCUUCUGGGAGCCCUCAUGCGGAAGGAUUCGAUGAAAUCGUCGACGAGACUACAAAAGCUCUCCAGCGAGCAAUCCGAUCAUACCCCAGUGGUUUCAAGCCCUUGGUGGACCAUGCGAAGGGCAUCAUCAGGUCCAACUGGCAGAACGGAAGCAAUGAGGAGGCCCCUGUGGUUAUUACAGCUCUAUGUGCGCACUUGGCUUUCGUAGGUUGCUCGGAGCUGCCACAGGUGGCAUCCAAUGGCCUCGACCACUUCCUUUACUAUAUCCAAUCACUACUGUCAGAGCUAUUCGUUGCUUUCGAUGCCAAGGUGAGCCCAAAGGUAUGGUGCUCCUUGGUGGCCACCAUUCAGUCAACCAUCCGGUACUUCAACGAUGCUUGCUUGGCUGGCAAUCCAGACAAGGAGACUCCCUUUGAGGGCGAGUCUUGGCUGCAGAGGAUAAAAGAGAGAUACCCUGAGCUUGACCAGCUUGGUGAAGCUGAAGCAGAACAUGAUGGCGGGAAUCAACUCUCUGCCUUGCAAACGUCCUCGGUUGCUGAGAUUCGAAAUGAGUUCUUACUUGUGAGCCUGUUUGUUGCUCGCCGAAUCUAUCGUCGGGCAACAAAGACAGUUGAAUCCCAUUCUAGCACCAGCAAAAGAGCACUCACUCUUAGUGAUGACUUCACCGGUGCUGACCGUGCGUCUGAGAACCAGUAUCUCCAUCUCAUAUCCUCCUUGGUCGGCUUUGUUGUGCAUGAGAUGAGUGAAGCGCAACAGGUUUCGCUUCGGGCUGAUACGUUCGCCAUCAGUCUCUUCCGCGAGGAUUUCAUCAGCGUUCCUCAAACCACCGAGGUGGGUUCAAGCCAUGAGCAAUCGAUCGCAGAGACCGGCUCAGUGUGGAGCUGGUUGGUUCUGGAAUCCCUGAAUGUUUUGUCUCUCGCAAUAUUAGAAGCUCUAAGGCCUUCAUCGAUAGGACACCUGUUCGAAAACGGUGUCGCCCAAGAAUUAAUUGUCAGCGGGUCGUCCUCAUCCACGACGAAUGACGACGCUUUUACUCGACCAGUUACUCUAUCUAUCCUCACUACUUUGGCGAACAAAUACAAGAUCGAGGCCCUGCCGGGUCUAAUUACGACAGUUGAGCAACAUGCGACGAGUGUCGUGACGGCCUCGCCUGAAAAUGAUGACCAGAGUCGUCGCCUGGAGAAGACUAAGUCUACAUAUGCCCUCGCUGCUGGAAUGAUGCGACGAUACAUGGGCAAAGAAGCAAAGGGUAUUGUGCAACUCUUCAGGGAAGCACCGAAAGACGCCCAGAUUGGACACCAUUUCGGUCGUCAAUUGGAGAUGAUUGUGGCUCCUCAACAGCCGCUAACCAAGGAAAACUAUGCCAUCGUCAAGCCCCUAUGGAUGCAGAAGGUGUACUUUGAGCUUGUUAGCCCUAUGCUGCAGGUUGCUGUCGGCGCGGACCCCGAGGUUCAGGACCAGCUCACCAAGACCAACUUCGGCAUCGGCGUGUUGCUCAUGGUGAAACAUAUGAACUUCCCAAUAUACGAGGCAGACGCGGACAAGAUUCUCCGAAUCUCCCUUGCCGUAGCUCAGAACAUUGGUGUUGGACCCGAUGCUAAGGCCGCUCUGGAUGUCCUGAAGAACAUUCUCGUGGAAGCCCCUGAGAAGGGCAAGGACCACAUCCGCAGCAUCAUCAAGAUCUGCACCAACGUCUUCUCCAACAAGUCCGCCUCAACGCAGAAGCCAGAUUGGCUGCCGGAAGGCUAUGUCCCGGCUACUACCGACGCCCAGACUCAAGCAGGGUGCGGAAAGCUAGCACUGGAGAUUACAGGAGGUCUUCCCCGGAUGUUUGAGUCGCAGCAUCUACUACCACAUGCGUCACAGGUGGAACGGGAGCUGACAUUGGCUUGUGGUCAUCGGGUGCGAGAUUUGAGAAGGACGGCUCGGUUGGCAAGAGCCGCCUGGACUGAGUUGAAGUGA